AUGGGGAACGUUCCAGCAAAGGCCGAACAAGACGAAGAGUAUGCAAAUCAAACGAGAUCAAGAAGACGAACUAUUUCAAAUGCUAAUUCUUUUGCCAGUAGUGGUACCGCCAGAACUAGAUCCAAACGUACCACCUCCUUGGUUGACUCAGUGCUAAAUAAUACGAAUAGUGCGAGAUCAAGAGGAAAUUCAACUUCUGAGAAUCCUUAUAGAAGAAGAAGUCCCAAGGAGAGAGAAGCUUUCAAAGAGAAAAGAGCCCAGGAUUUAGUAGUGAGAUUCAAUGAAACGGUGGAUGGUGGUUACCUAUCUCCGUUUGGUUGCUAUACAUUAGACAAGUUAGAUUACGAUAUUGAUAUUGUCAAGACAUUGAUUAUCGAAAGAAAAUUAGCACCAUUCUAUAUCCCAUUGCAAGAUUUUAAUCAAACUUGGUCAGACGACGAAAUUGUCAAAAUAGUGGACGGACUACCAUUACAUUCGUCCAACAAUGUAGAAAUUCCAGAUGAAUUAGAAGAUCUUUCGAUUGGUGAUUUAAGUAAUCCAAAUUUUGACUAUUUAAUCGAUAAAAAAUUGUCCAAGAAAGAUCAAAGUCGUCAAAGAUCAAAGAUCUUUAAAGCCAGAUUGUACCAGAAGAGAAUUAUAUGGCAAGAAACAGAAAACGAAGUUUUCUUAGAAAAAAAAUUAGAAGAGCAAUUGAAUAAAUAUUUACCAAAUGAUGCUUUGAAACUAAAUUUGUAUAAAAAUGGAACAGAAUGUCCAAUUUGUUUUCUAUAUUUCCCUAAACCAAUGAAUUAUUCAAAAUGUUGCCAACAGCCAAUCUGUACAGAGUGUUUCGUACAAAUAAAAAGAUCAGCGCCUCAUUUCCCACAUGAUGAAAAUGUUGAAGAUGUUGAUGAUGUGGAUAAAGAUCCAAAUUUAUUAAUAUCUGAACCGUCAAAUUGCCCGUAUUGUGCGACCCCUGAUUUUGCAGUUAUUUAUAACCAACCAAAUGAUAGAAAAGUAGGCAUCAAUGGCAUAUUACCCUCACAAUAUACCUUGGAUAAUAAAGUGUCCACUGACACCGUUACAGAGCCAUUUGUGAUUACGUCCGACUUUAUACGUCCUGAUUGGAAAAUUAAGCUAAAUAAAGAUAGAUUAAAGCUACAGAGAAGAUCAGCAAAUGCCACAGCCAUACAUUUAAGUAAUCAGCUAGUUGAUCCCUCGCAUAACUCUGCCACAAAUACUCGGACUGAAUUGGAAGAUCGUCUGGUUGAGGAAGCCAUCAAAUUAAGUCUGGAAGAAGACAAUGCGAAAAGUGAGAAUAAAUGA